AUGACUUCAAAGUCGGACCACAAGUAUUUGGAUCUGGACAAUUUGGAUCUGAACCGCGCUUACACUCCCCAAGAAUUUGAAAUUAUCAGCGACCAGCUUAAGUAUCGUUCUUUAAUAAUUGACGGCAAACCUAUCCGUCACUUUGAGCUGAACAAAUCUGGAAAACUUGUUCCAAUUCCACCAACCGUGUUUCGCAAAGAAUAUGCUGUAGCUGAGAUCGUGGCACAAAUCAGAAACUGGAACGUGGAGACUCGGCAGAAGGGAGCAGUGACUUCUUCACAAGGAGGGUUUAAACUUGAAGGCGGUAAUGGAAUUGUAGCACCGGACGUCGCUUAUACAGCGAGAGAUACUUGUCACAGGCUAGAUGAUAGCCAACUUGACUCUUUUCAAGGCGAAGCCUACAGUCCUACUGUUGUUGUGGAGGUCGAUGACUUUGAAAAUAUUCAUGGUGUUGUCUAUAAUAGAUCGAAGUUCGAUAAAGCAAAUACCAAGUUCAAGAACGUUUAUUUUGCAUCGGAAACGUCUGUUCAGCUUGGUUGGCUGAUCGACCCCAAGUAUAAACAUAUUUGGAUUUACAGGCGAGAUGCCGAAGGUAAUGCUCGUCGCUCUAAAAAGCGUACCUGGAGCAAUCUGGAUGGAGGGGAAUAUUUGCCAGGCUUUACUCUUAAAGUAAAUAAGCUUGUAUGGCAGGACCCAGGAUUACGGGAAAUUUCCGAAGAGGAGGAAGAGGAAGUGAUAUUGGAAUGUUUUUAUCCUGCGUGUGAUCAAAGUUUCGACA